AUGCACGUUUUCGCCCAACUUUAUGUAGAAUUUAGAGUGGUCGCCAUGGCGAGGUCCUUCGAAGGCCAAGUCGCGUCUGCCCCGUCUGACCGUUUGUUAUUAAAAUCAUUAAAUUGCCCCAUCUGCCCCUGCCUCAAAGCUGCAGUUGAGCAGGCCAAGGCGCGUCGGCGGGUGAGGGGGGAGAGCGGGCUCUUGGCAGGGGAGUCAGGAGUGGAAGAGGGUGACGUGGCAGUGGAGGGGGGUGACGUGGCGAGGUGGGAAGAGGUGGCAGCACAAGCCAAGGCCAUGGAGAAAUCUUCCCUGCUGCCAUCUCAUGCCGACUAUGUGCCAUCUCAUGCCGACUAUGUGCCAAAAUCCCCCUUCUUCUCAUCCUCUCAUUCCUGCCCUUCCUGUCUCUCCCUGCUCCCCACCCUCUGUACCCCCUGCAAUGGCACAAUGGUGGGGCAGGUGGAGGUGGAUGUGUUGACAGGGGCAGUGGAGGUGCAGUGUGCUGACACACACUAUGACUGUGCGCGCAGCCUCAACCCGGCUGUCGACAUCGGGCAGGUGCAUGCAUGUGCACGCCAUGUGCAUGCAUGUGCACGCCAUGUGCAUGCAUGUGCACGCCAUGUGCAUGCAAUUGUUCAUCCAUCCACACGCACCCCUCUAUCCUUUCAGCAACCGGUGCGUCCCCAUACAUCGUGUUUCUUGUUGCAGUUUCUUCCCUCUUAG